GCGGAGUCUGUCCCCGAAAUCCAACUGGCCCUACGCACCUGUUACAUAAGCAACAGAGAGUUUGGCCUGGAUCAAUUUUCUUUUCUAACCUAUCCACCACCCACCCCAUCCACCUACCCAGCUCUUCUCGACGACGGCCAACGUCAUCGUUCUUGACGACAGCGAUCUUCCCCAUCGCAUCGCUCGUUGACCUGACUACCGUCUCGUCAUCUUUCUAAUUUUUUUUUGUCACGGCUCGUGCCUUCCUUGGCCCGCCGGAGUGUCUUAUCAUCAUCGCAUAGGAGAUCCGAGAUAUCUUGGCCAGGUCCGACCCUUGUUUGUGCAUCCUGCCUACCCGACCAGGAAGCAAAACAAGAUCUUCGUCUCCAUUCCUCCUCUCUCCUCUCUCUAAAACCCUUCCGAGGUCCCAGACCGAGUCGAGAAAAAGAACAAGCUGCACUGGCACGGGUCACAGUGUCGUGUAUUUCGAGAAGAACAAAAAAAGAAUAGAAGACCAUUUCCAUUUGCGGGCACCCGAUUUGGUUCGAGGCGUCGGUAUCAACCACACUCCAUUACCUCUCUGCGUCCUCUCGCAUCGCGUCGCAUCUCUUCGAUCGUCGUCGCCGUCCUCGAGUCUACUUGACAAGAAGAAAAGAGAGAGCCUCAUCUCCUCGGCCGACGAACCAUCGAGCAAGAAACGCAUUGCGUCUUCGCAGACAGACUAUCUUGAGUCAGGAUCGAUACCGACUUUCGACAUCAACGGACCAGCCCAGCUUGCCAUUGUGCAUCCUGUGUUGUCGUGUCGUUGUUUGUGUGAACAGUCGCUGUAGGGGAGGCAUUCAGUUGUUUAUCUCCCACAAUUGACCUGUUCCAUUUCCGUCUUCCACAGACCUGAUUGUCACGAGACCUCUCGAGGAAAUCGCAAUCAUGGAGGCUAUCCAAACGCACCCGUCAAACGCCACGCAGGCCAAGAACUUUAUUUCUCCCGGCUCGCUCUCGUUCCCCGGUGGUCACAACGAGUUGACCCCUCCUGGCGAUGCCGCUCAGAAGCUCAACGGCACUCCCAACGGUGGUGCUCCUGUUGGUUCUCCUGCCCCAGGCACUGGCGUCGCCCCUGCGACCCCGGCUGCUACCCCUGGCGCACAGCAGACCGGCAGUGGUCUCGUUCCAACUCUCCAGAACAUUGUGGCAACUGUGAACCUGGAUUGCCGCCUGGACCUGAAGACCAUCGCACUUCAUGCGCGUAAUGCGGAGUACAACCCCAAACGGUUCGCUGCCGUCAUCAUGCGUAUUCGCGAACCAAAAACCACCGCCCUGAUCUUCGCCUCUGGCAAGAUGGUCGUGACUGGUGCCAAGUCUGAGGAUGACUCCAAGCUUGCCAGCCGCAAGUAUGCACGGAUCAUCCAGAAGCUGGGUUUCAAUGCCAAGUUCACCGACUUCAAGAUCCAGAACAUUGUGGGCUCUUGUGACAUCAAGUUCCCCAUCCGUCUGGAGGGUCUGGCCUCGCGUCAUCACAACUUCAGCUCCUACGAGCCUGAGCUGUUCCCCGGUCUCAUCUACCGCAUGGUCAAGCCCAAGAUCGUUCUCCUGAUCUUCGUCAGCGGCAAGAUAGUCCUCACUGGCGCCAAGGUCCGAGACGAGAUUUAUCAUGCCUUCGAGCUCAUCUACCCCGUCUUGCAGGAUUUCCGCAAGAUGUAGACCGACCUCACACCACCUCGUCGCCCGUACUUACCAACCUCGCCACUUGUAAGAUUACGCACAUUCAUGAUUUCACGACGCAUACCCGAGACCGGCUCCUGGUUGCUGCGUACUCUAUCCCACGACAGCAACAAUCCCCGACAAGCCUGUCUGUUGUAUUUUUUCUCUUUCUUCCUUUUUACUACUUUUUCUGCAACUGCAUUGCAUCGGCGUUCGACACGGAGAGGUUAAAGUCGGCUCGGCUAUCUGCGAAGGGGGGAAAAGAAAACUGCUACCCAAUUACCCUUUUUUAUUACUACACUUCGGAAGACGAUAGACCGUAUCCGAGACUGGAUGCGGAGAGUGCGCCUGGGCAAAAGAUUUGAGCGUGCAGACCAAGAAGUAAUAUCGGGGAUGGCGAUCCUGAAAAGGUCGUCAUUGGUCGCCCUGCGCUGAGCGGGAUUUGAGAGGUUUGGUAAGGGAGGUCGACGGAGCAUGCCACAGUCUUUCCAUGUUUGGUCAUCGGUAAAAGGUCACCCAAACAGACUGGCUCUUGAACGCGAGAGUAGGGGUGAAGGUGGGAAAAGUGUUGAUUUGCGGUGCGUGGAGGCGAAAGGCUGAACUGCUGCGAUGCAGGAUUCGAUGAUGGCUUGAUUGAAGACAUCCAUAUCAACAAGGCUUCAGUGCCUCCAUGUUGAUUCUGGACUUUGGGGUCCCCUAGGGGUUGGUCGGCGAAUGUUGAUGCACUCCUCUUUUCUCUCUUCUGGGUGUAAACCUGACCUACACUGGCGUCCCUGGGGGAUCUUGUUAGCCAUAUUUCGAUAGUCCCAAAGUUCAUGCCAGCAUACUUGCACCC